AUGAAUAAAUAAUUCAUCAUAUUUGCAUUGUUGCUUGUCUUAGCAACAAGUCAAACUUAUAGUAUAACAUCAUGCUCAUGCGUAUAGUUGUUAUCAGAAGCAGAUUGUUUAAAAAAUGUUUCACUUGGAUGUUCUUGGGAUAGCACAAAGAAAUCUUGUGCAGUUUCAACUACUCCCGUCACUCCAACUGUGACUUUUGCAACAUAUUGUGAAAGCUUUGCAGAAGCAGAUUGUCCAAAAGCUAAACCUUGCACAGAUUGUGGUAAUUAUGCUGCCUGUGCCUGGGUUGGAGGAAAAUGCACACAUUUCACAGGAUGCACAGCCUUUUCAAAAACAACAGACCCUGAAUGUUAAGCAAUAAGUAAUAGAUGUAUUACAGAUGGAACUCAUUGUGUUGAACUUGAUGCUUGUAGCACAUACAAGAAACAACUUCCUUGUGUCAAAAAUUCAUCAGGAAGCUUGUGCUAUUGGGAUACAACAAAUAAUACUUGUGUAGAUGCUAAUAAUUGUGAUAGAUUACCAAUUACAUUUGUUACAGAUAAAGAAUGUAGAGAUGUGAUAUCAACUUGUACUACAAAGACUGGAGGUGGAUGUGUUGAUAGUGGAAAUAAUUGUAGUGAUUAAACAUUAGAAAUUUAAUGUGUUUGGAAUAAAUUAAGAUCAAUGGCAUGUUAUUGGGAUGGAGCAGCAUGUAAAGAUAGAAUUUGUGAUAAUGCACCAACAACAUUGACAACUGAUGAAACAUGUAAAACCUUUAGAACUGAUGGAACAUGUACAACUAAAGCUAAUGGAGGAUGCGUUACUAGAACUACUUGUGCAGCUGCAACUAUCUAAGCUGCUUGUAUUAAGAAUAGUUCAGGUGGUGAUUGUUAUUGGACUGGAAGUGCUUGUGUUGAUAAGAUAUGUACAAAUGCACCUACUACUAUGACAACUAAUUCAGCUUGUGCUGGAUUUGUAACAGGAUGUAUUACUAAAUCAGGUGGAGGUUGUGUAUCUAAUGGAGCUUGUUCAGCUGCAAAUGUCUAAGCAGCUUGUGUUAAAAAUUCAUCAGGAACUGAUUGUAUUUGGGAUACAACAUGCAAAGAAAAGACUUGCGCUAAUGCACCAACAACUAAUAAUACUCAUGAAUUAUGUUCAUCAUAUUUACCAACAUGUACAGUUAAAGCAGGAGGUGGAUGUUAACCUAGAAGUUGUACAAAUGCUCCAACAACAUUAACAACAAAUGAUGCAUGUGAAGCAUAUUUACCAAAUAAUAAUUGUAUAACAAAGACAGGAGGUGGAUGUGUAAUAAAUACUACAUGUUCAUUAAUUACUUUAGAAGCUGCUUGUAUCAAAAAUGUUUAUGGAGCUACUUGUUUCUGGGAUACUGCAAGUUCAGGCUGCAAAGAUAAGAUUUGUACAAAUGCUCCAUCAACUAAUAAUACUCAUGAUUUAUGUGUUGCCUUUUUAUCAACCUGUACAGUAAAUUCAACAAAUGCUGGUUGUGUAGAGAAAACAUGUGAAAAUUCAUUGGCAUAAACAAUUUGUGAUAAAGAUUUGAAUAAUAAAGCCUGCAUUUGGAAAGGAAAAUGUUAUAAAAAAGAAUGUGUACUAGCUUCAUCAGCCUCAGCAACCCAUACAGAUUGUUAAAAUUAUGAUUCAAGUUGUACUUUGAGUAAUACUGGUGCUGGAUGUGUUCCAAUACCUCUUAAAUGUGAAGCCUAUACAAUUGAAUCUGCAUGUAAUGUGAGAUUAUAAGUUACAAACGGAGUUAAAUCAUACUUACCAUGUGGUUGGAAUGGUUCAUAAUGUAUUGAUAAAGCCUGUUCAACUGCUUCUAGAUCAUUUACAACAACUGAUGAAUGUGAUAGUUACAAAUCAGGUUGUGUUGCCAAUAAUCCAGUGAAUGGAACAAUUUCAGGAUGCUAAGAUUUACCAACAACUUGUGCUGCUAGAAGAUCAACAGAAAAUUGUUAAAUCUCAAGAAAUGGAUUACCAACAUGUUUAUGGAAUACUGCUACAUCUGCAUGUGUUGAGAAGACUUGUGCAACUGCUAAUGUUACAACAACUCCAGGAUUCUUAGUAGCUUUUAAUAAUACAACUUGUUCUGGUUAUUUAACUAAUAGUUGUAUAGCCAAUAAUACAGCUGAUAAUUGCAUUCCAAAACCAUCAAGUUGUAAUAAUUUGGUUUUAGCAAAUUGUUAACGAGGAUCAAAAGCUAAUGGAGAUUGUUAUUGGAAUGGUAGUAGUUGUGUUGAUAGAAUUUGUACAAAUAUUUCUUCAAAUACUCAUAUUGGUUGUUAAAAUGUUUUGAAUACAUGCACAGUUAAUAAUGGUAGAACAGCUUGUUAAGCAUUAGCUACUGCUUGUACUUCUUAUGGAUCAGCUGAAAAUUGUGUAAAAAUUGCUAGUGGAAAAAGUUGCAUAUGGACUGGAUCAGCUUGUAGAAAUGCAACUUGUGCAGAUGCAUCAGAUAGUGCUGAUUUUGAUGAUGAUAGCGAAUGUUCCGAUUAUCCUAGUCCUACUGAAACUUGUACAGUUAUAAACAAAACAAGAGGAUUAGGAUGUGUGACAAGAUUACCUAAUUGUAGUGACUAUGGUUCGGAAGCAUAAUGUGUUAGAACUUCAACAGCCAACUCAGAUGAUUGCAUUUGGAAAUCACUCUAUACCAAAUGCUUUUCUCUCACAUAACUCCAAAAUUCUUGUUCAACAUUUACAGGAAGACAAGAUUAAUGCGAAUCUAUUAAAAGAGGUUGUACUAAUACUGGAAGUGCUACAGAAACAGAUUCAUGCACAUUUUCUUGUGCUGCCGUAACUGGAUUAUCAAAUGCUACACAUUCAGAUUGCUAAGCAGAAUCUCCUUCUUGUACUGUGAAUGCUGCUGGAACUGCUUGUGUUACACUAUAAGCAGCUUGCAGUAGUUAUGCAGUAUCAGGUGAUUGUGUAAGAAGAACAGAUGGUACAAGAUGUCAUUGGGGUGGUAGUGCUUGCGCAGAUUUUGUUGCCGCAAAUUGUGCUUCAAUCACAGGAUUAACAGGUGCAACUCAUACAACUUGUUAAGGAUAUCACUCUACUUGUACAAUCAAUGUUGCUAAAGAUGCAUGUGCAGAGUAAAAAGCAGCUUGUAGUGAUUAUGUUUAAACUACUUGUACUUUUACAACUGGUGGUACAAGAUGUCAUUGGGGUGGUAGUGCUUGUGCAGAUUUUGUUGCCGCAAAUUGUGCUUCAAUCACAGGAUUAACAGGUGCAACUCAUUCAACUUGUUAAGGAUAUCACUCUACUUGUACAGUCAAUGUUGCUAAAGAUGCAUGUGCAGAGUAAAAAGCAGCUUGUAGUGAUUAUGUUUAAACUACUUGUACUUUUACAACUGGUGGUACAAGAUGUCAUUGGGGUGGUAGUGCUUGUGCAGAUUUUGUUGCCGCAAAUUGUGCUUCAAUCACAGGAUUAACAGGUGCAACCCAUUCAACUUGUUAAGGAUAUCACUCUACUUGUACAGUCAAUGUUGCUAAAGAUGCAUGCGCAGAGUAAAAAGCAGCUUGUAGUGAUUAUGUUUAAACUACUUGUACUUUUACAACUGAUGGUACAAGAUGUCAUUGGGGUGGUAGUGCUUGUGCAGAUUUUGUUGCCGCAAAUUGUGCUUCAAUCACAGGAUUAACAGGUGCAACUCAUUCAACUUGUUAAGGAUAUCACUCUACUUGUACAGUCAAUGUUGCUAAAGAUGCAUGUGCAGAGUAAAAAGCAGCUUGUAGUGAUUAUGUUUAAACUACUUGUACUUUUACAACUGAUGGUACAAGAUGUCAUUGGGGUGGUAGUGCUUGUGCAGAUUUUGUUGCCGCAAAUUGUGCUUCAAUCACAGGAUUAACAGGUGCAACUCAUUCAACUUGUUAAGGAUAUCACUCUACUUGUACAGUCAAUGUUGCUAAAGAUGCAUGUGCAGAGUAAAAAGCAGCUUGUAGUGAUUAUGUUUAAACUACUUGUACUUUUACAACUGAUGGUACAAGAUGUCAUUGGGGUGGUAGUGCUUGUGCAGAUUUUGUUGCCGCAAAUUGUGCUUCAAUCACAGGAUUAACAGGUGCAACUCAUUCAACUUGUUAAGGAUAUCACUCUACUUGUACAGUCAAUGUUGCUAAAGAUGCAUGUGCAGAGUAAAAAGCAGCUUGUAGUGAUUAUGUUUAAACUACUUGUACUUUUACAACUGGUGGUACAAGAUGUCAUUGGGGUGGUAGUGCUUGUGCAGAUUUUGUUGCUGCAAAUUGUGUUGCUAUCGCAGGAUUAUCAAGUUGGAAUCACUCUGUCUGUUAAGCAUAUCAUAAUUCUUGCACAGUUAAUAUUGGUGGAACUGCAUGUUAAGAAUUAAAAGCAGCUUGUGGUGAUUAUGCUAAUUCAUCUGCAUGUACAAGAAUCACUAGUGGUUCGAGAUGCUUUUGGGAUGUUAGUGGUGGUUCUGGUGUAUGUAUAGAAAUUACAUCAUCAAAUUGUGCUUCUGUUACAGGAUAAGUAGCUGCAACUCAUUCAACAUGUUAGGCAUAUCAUUCUGCUUGUCUUGCAAAUCUUGCUGGUACUGCAUGCUUAGCAUUUACAACAUGUGAAGCUAUCACAGGCUCAAAUCUAACUUGGGAUAGAUGUUAAGGUUAUAGUGCUACAUGUAGCGUAAGGAGAGAUGGAAACGGUUGUAUAACUAUAUAACCUUAAUGUUCAGGAUAUACAACAAUAACCAGUUGUUAUAGAUCAACUGCUGGAUAUUGUACUGCUAAUAGCGCUGAUAGUUCCUGUUCAUCUAUAACAGCUUCUACUACUUGUGAAGCAAUAAAAUUAGGAGCAUCAUUUACUUUUAAUGAUGCAAUAUGCAAUGAAUUGAAAACAGGUUGUAUAGCAUUAAACACUUCAGGAUGUUAAACUAAGACUUGCGCUAGUAAAACAACACCAUUUACUCAUUAAGCUUGUAAUGCUUGGUUGAAUACUUGUACUGCAAAUUUAGUUACAUCACCAACUGCAUGCGUAGCCUUGCCAGCCACAUGUUCCACUUUGAAUGUAGCCGCAUGCGUUUGGGCAGUUGAAGGGGAAUGUGUUGUCUCAGGUUCAACUUGUAUCAAAAAGACUUGUGAUACAGCUGCAUCAGACACCAACUUUAACACACAUGAUGAAUGCUUUACAUAUCUAUCUACAUGCACAGUUGCAAGAUUAGGAGGUUGUUAACCAAGAGCUGCUUGUUCAACAUAUAAAUCAAGUAAUUAAUGCAGAUUCAAUACAACUGGUGGUAGAUGUUUCUGGAAUGCAACAAAUAAGACUUGUGUUGAUUUCAGUUGUGGAAAUAUUGAAUAGACAUCUUUAUAUGAUACUCAUUCUAAAUGUUCAUCAGCUGAUUCAACAUGUACAGUUAGAGCUACUAAUGGAGCUGCUGUCGCUGGUUGCAUGGCUAGAGGAGCAUGUAGUUCUUAUUAAAUUGAGGAUUAAUGCAACAGAAAUGCAACUGGAGGUGUUUGUGUUUGGAAUACAAAUUUAACCUAAGCAGCUUGUUAAGAUAAAUCAUGCACAACUGCUCCAACUGCAACAGCCACACACGACGAUUGUAAUACUUAUUUCUUCACAGGUUCUAUUAGAUGCACAGUAGUUGCCACACCAGAUGCUAAUGGUGGCGCACCAACUCUAGGAGGUUGUCAAUAAACAGCAGCUUGUGCUACUUAUAUACAUUAAGAAUAAUGUAAAUUCAAUGCUACUGGAGAUGCUUGUGGAUGGAAUGGUACUUAAUGUGCAGAUAAGUCAUGUGCUACUGCACCUGCAACUGCUGAUUAUGAUGAUAAUGAUAAAUGCAGAGCUUAUUUCAGUAAUAAAUGUACAGUUGCAGAAUCAGGAUAAGGAUGUGUUGAUGUACCAGAUACAUGUGAAACUAUGGUAGAAAAAUAAUGUGUUACUGAUAAGUCUGGUAGAUUAUGCUAUUGGAAUGGUACAGGUUGUAUUACAAGAUCUUGUGAUAAUGCUCCAGAAGCAACAGUAUCUGCAGAAGAAUGUAAUACUUAUUUAUCUGGAUGCACUUUAGAUGCUGAUGUUAAAUGUAAGACAAAGGUUUGUGAAGAUUUUGCUUUUGCCACUGAUGCUUUAUGUAAAUAAGCUUUAAGUACAUGUACAACAAAUGGAACAAAUUGUAUCACAAGAGGAACCUGCUUCUAAGCAAUGAGCUAAGCUGGUUGUGUUACUUCAGCAACAAAUCAAUAAUGUGAAUGGAUGCCAGCUGUUGGCAGUAAUUAAGCCUAUUGUACAGUAAAGACAUGUAAUACUGCCCCAGUUACUUUAACUUCUGAAGCAGCUUGUGCUGGUUAUUUCACUAAUUGUACAACAAAGAAUGGAGGUGGAUGUGUUACUAAAUCAACUUGUGCAGCUGUUACUGUUGAUGCUGCUUGUACAACUGCUCUUAAUGGAACUAUUUGUGCUUGGGAUAGUGCAUAAAAUAAAUGUAGAGACAAAGAUUGUUAAGAUUUCAGUGGAACUACUCAUGCUGCUUGUUAAGGUUAAAGAGCUGGAUGUACUGCUGGAGCUAAUGGAAAAUGUGCUAGAGUUUAAAAUUGUGAAUAAACUACAUUGAGAAGUGCUUGUGUUGAAGGAACAAAUGGACCAUGUUUAUGGGUUAAAGACUUUGUUAACUCUGAUGGAUCUACAGGAGCUUGCUUUAGAUAUACUUCAUGCAAGAGUUUGACUUGGAAUUCUGAUACAUAAUGUAAAUGGUUAAGUAAUUAAUGUACAACUAAUGGAUCUAAUUGUGUUGGUAUUACUUUAUGUUCUGAAACUAAUACUGAUGGUGGAUGUGUCACAGGAUAUGAUGGAGCUUGUAUAUAAUCAGUACCAGCUUUGAAUUCUGCAGAUCCAAAGGUUUGUAAACCAUAUACAUCUUGUGCUGAUGCUUUCUAUACAACUCAUUCCGAUUGCUAAAUUGCUAGUAGUAAAUGUACAACAAAUGGAACUACUGGUUGUAUUGCAUUAGGUGCUUGCUCAUCUUAUACUUCAUAAGCAGGAUGUUAUUUCAAUGAUAAGGGAGCUGUUUAUACAUCUGGAGUAAUAACUUCAACUGGUAUUUGUACAUGGGAUACAACUGCUAAUAGUUGCAGAGAUUAAUCAUGUGCUGAUUUAACUGGAAUAAAUCAUGCAGCAUGUUCUUCAUAAUUAUCAACAUGUACAUCUGAUGGAACAACAUGUUUAGUCAAAGGAGCAUGUUCAUCAUAUGCAACUUAAACUGCCUGCACAACUGCUGUUGGAUCUGAUGGUGUAUGCUAUUGGGAACUUGCAUCUGCUACAAAUAAUAACACAGCUAAAUGCAGAUUAUUAACUUGCCCAGAUAUUCAAAAUGGUACAGCAACCAAUGUUUGUUCAGUAGCCUUGUCAUCAUGUGUAUCAGAUGGAACAGCUUGUAUUACAAAAGCUAAUUGCUCAACUUAUAAAACUAAGACAGCAUGUAAUUCAGGUGGAUUAGAUGGUAUUUGUGUAUUCACUUAAUCAACUGCUACAGGAGCUGUUGCUGGUACUGGAACUUGUGCAUUAAUGACAGCAUGUACUACUGCUAAUAAUGAUUAAACAGCUUGUUCAUAAGCUAGAGAUAGAUGUUCAUGGACUGCAGCCUCAGGAACUGGUGCAACUGCUGUUGCUAGUAAAUGUGCCACACAUACUUGUGCUACAAAUUAAGCAACAAAUGGAGCUUGUACAAGAUUUUUGAAUUGGGAUAGAAAGACUUAAUAAGUUUGUACUCUUGUUAGUGGAACAUGCACAGCCACAGAUCCAUCAACUUUAUCAUCAAAUGAUUGCUUCUUGGUUUCUGGAUAUACAUAUACAUGGAAUGCAGCAACAAGCAAAUGUGGAGUUUGCACUGCACCUGUUGUUUAACCAAAUAAUACAGAUAAUAAUACAAACAAUACAAACAAUUAAACAACAACCGAUUCAGGAUACAUUCUUGGAUUAUCAACAGUCAUUUUAGGAUAUCUCAUGUUCUGA